AUGUCGGACAUGCAGGACGAAGGAUGCGAAGUGAGGGGAGCCCCGGUUUGGGUCUGUAAACCUGCGGACCGCUGCUCAGGGCCGCCCUCCAUAGUCGUCCUCCCCCUGCGAGAGCUCACGGGGCUGUCAGGUAUUUGGAAUUCUUAUGUCAGAGAGGAGCCCAACCACGCACUCAGCAGUGGCCCUGGAGAGGCCAAGUACAUCAAGGAAGUGUGGUUUGGAGUUGUGUCCACGUUAGAAGUGGGUGCUAACCCGAGUCAGAGGGUCCCAGGCAGCGUGUGUGGUGCCUGCGCUGAAGAUGGGACGUUCCGUCAGUACGUGCACGCAGCUUCCUCCCGGCGUGUGUGUGACUCCUCAGGUUACUGGACUCCAGAGGAGGCUGUGGGGCCUCCAGACGUGGACCAGCCCUGUGAGCCGAGCUUGCAGGCCUGGAGUCCCGAGCUCCACCUGUACCAUAUGAACAUGACGGUCCCCUGCCCUUCGGAAGGCUGUAGCCUGGAGCUGCUAUUCCAGCACCCGGUCCAAGCUGACACCCUUACCCUAUGGGUCACCUACCUCUCCAUGGACUCCUCCCAGGCACUCUUUGACACGGAAAUCUUGCUGGAACACCAGGAGUCUGUGCACCUGGGCCCCUUAGACACUUUCUGUGACACCCCACUCACUAUCAAACUGCAUGUGGACGGGAAGGUCUCGGGGGUGAAGGUCUACACCUUUGAUGAGCGGAUGGAGAUUGACGCAGCUCUGCUAACUUCCCAGCCCCAUAGUCCCCUGUGCUCUGGCUGCAGGCCUGUGAGGUACCAGGUUCUUCGUGAGCCCCCAUUUGCCAAUGGCUUGCCCAUGGUGGUGACAAAUCCUCACAGGAAGUUCACGGACGUGGAGGUCACACCUGGGCAGCUGUAUCGGUACCAAGUUCAAGCUGGAGCUGGAACAGAACUAGGAGAAGCCUCGCCUCCGCUGAGCCACAUCCAUGGAGCUCCUUACUGUGGAGACGGGAAGGUGGCAGGGAGCCUGGGAGAAGAAUGUGAUGAUGGGGACCUUCUGAGCGGAGAUGGCUGCUCAAGGGCGUGCCAGCUGGAGGAAGGCUUCCACUGCGCAGGGGAGCCAAGCCUAUGUUACAUAUAUGAGGGAGAUGGGAUAUGUGAACCUUUUGAGAAGGAAACCAGCAUCAUAGACUGUGGCCUCUAUACUCCCAAAGGAUAUGUGGAUCAGUGGGCCACCCAAGCUUAUUCCUCUCAUGAAGACAAGAAGUGUCCUGCUUCCUUGGUAACUGGAGAACCUCAUUCCAUGAUUUGCACGUCAUACCAUCCAGAUUUACCAGAGCACCGUCCUCUCACUGGCUGGUUUCCCUGUGUCACCAAUGGAAACAGACCUCAGGAUAAAAGGAGUGAGCAGACAGAAGGUAGCCUGGAGAGGGAGGAGGAGGUUUGGCUCAAAGUGUGUUUCAGUAGACCAGGAGUGGCCACAACAAUUUUCAUUUUCUUGACAUCUGAUGGCCCGGUACUUGGAGAACAUCGGCGGCCAACAGUGACUGUUCACCUGACUGAUGUCAGUGGGAACAACCACUCUCUUGGAACCUAUGAACUGUCAUGCCAGCAUAACCCGCUGGUUAUCAAUGUGAGCCAUCACCCGAAUGUCCUCUCCCACCGUACCUCCUCAGUGCUGCUGAAUUUCUCAUCCCCAUUGGUAGGCAUCUCAGCGGUGGCUCUAAGGACAUCCUCCCAUAUAAGUUCAUCAACUCUCAAUAGCUGCAUCCCAGAGCACGAGGGACAAAAUCAUCAGGGACAGAGCUGUGUCCACCGGCCCUGUGGGGAGCAGGGCAGCUGUGCGCCAUUGCUGCUUGAUCAUGCGGAUAUGGUGAACUGUACCUCUGGUGGCCCAGGUCACAUGAAGUGUGCUAUCACCUGUCAAAGGGGGUUUGCCCUUCAGGCCAGCAGCGGGCAAUACCUCAGGCCCGUGCAGAAGGAAAUUCUGCUCACCUGUUCCUCUGGGCACUGGGACCGGGCUGUGAGCUGCAUGCCCCUUGAUUGUGGCGUUCCCGACCCAUCUUUGGUGAACUACGCAAACUUCUCCUGCUCAGAGGGAACAGACUUUCUGAAGCGCUGUUCAGUCUCCUGUGUCCCACCAGCCAAGCUCCAAGGACUGAACCCAUGGCUGACUUGUCUUGAAGACGGGCUCUGGUCCCUCCCGGAAGCCUACUGCAAGUUGGAGUGUGACGCCCCCCCUAUAAUCCCGAAUGCCAGCCUGCUCUUGCCUCACUGCCUCCAGGGCAACCAUGACGUGGGCUCCGUCUGUAGAUACGAAUGCAAACCAGGCUACUACGCCGAGCCGAGUGCCGAGGGUAAAGUCAGGAGCAAUUUCCUGAAGAUACAGUGCCUGGAGGGUGGCAUCUGGGAGCAAGGCAGCUGCGUUCCAGUGGUGUGUGAGCCCCCUUCCCCUGUCUUUGAAGGCAUGUAUGAAUGUACCAAUGGCUUUGAACUCAACAGCCGGUGUGUGCUCAGCUGUAACCAGGAAAGCGGAAGGGUUCCUAUCCUCUGCACUAAGGAGGGACUGUGGACUGAGGAGUUCAAGUUGUGUGAGAACCUACAAGGGGAGUGCCCACCACCCCCGUCGGAGCUGAAUUUUGUGGAGUACAAGUGUGAACAGGGAUACGGGAUUGGUGCUGUGUGUUCCCCAUCAUGUGUGAUCCCCCCUAGUGACCCCGUAGUUCUGCCUGAGAACGUCACUGCUGACACGCUGGAGCACUGGAUGGAACCUGUCAAAGUCCAGAGCAUUGUGUGCACUGGACAGCGUCAAUGGCACCCACCCCCCUUCCUCAUCCACUGCAUCCAGUCGUGUGAGCCUUUCCAAGCCGAUGGGUGGUGCGAUACCAUCAACAACCGGGCCUACUGCCACUAUGAUGGGGGAGACUGCUGCUCUUCUACUCUGUCCUCCAAGAAGGUCAUUCCAUUUGCUGCUGACUGUGACCUGGAUGAAUGCACCUGCCGGGACCCCAAGGCUGAAGAAAAUCAGUAACUGUGGGAUCAAGCCCCUCCUUCUACUGCCCUGGAGGCAGUAAGAAAGAGAGGCCUCCACAAAAGGGCACAAAAGGUGAACAGAGAAGAAAGGUCACGAAAUGAAGGAAGGAGGAAGAGCAUGAGGAUCUCAUAGAAUGCAGGAGGAUGUUUCUAGGUGCCGACUAUUGCAUCAAGAAGCCCAAGUAGGGAAGAAUCAUGGGCAAAAGUUUCUUCAAAGGGGCAGUUGAUUAAAAGUGGAAGGAGAAAUAUGAUAGAUAUACACGGACCCUCAUCCCCCAUUUAUAUUCUAUUCAACCCCAUCCCCGCCUCUUGCCCUGCUCCCCACUCUGCACCCUGCCAACUAUUCAGCCCCACCCAACUUGCAAACCAAUACCAAAAUACUAGAAGAGAAGUUGCCAGGGACACUCUGUAACACCCGUUUUGAAUGGAUUGCCAUCUUUCAGGGCUCUUCUGCUCUAAACUGGCUCCCUUUCUUUUGUGUAGUCUCCCUU